GCCGCCGAAGCCCCUCCGCUUCUCUCUCCUCAUAUUUUGAGUCUCCUCUCUCUAAAAGCUCUCACCUGAAACGCUAACGAAGAUGUGUGGAGGUGCAAUCAUCUCCGAUUUCGACCCCGUCACCGAGCGCCGCCGCCGGAAAGUCUCUGCACAGGACCUCUGGGCCGAGCUAGAUCCGAUCUCCCAGUUCUGGGCCGCCAAUACUUCCGUCAGAAAAUCCCCUCUUCCCGACGAUGAUAUCAAGCCUAACCGUUCCUCCUCCCAGCUCACCCACCCAAAUCAAGGAACUGAAAAUGCUGGAAAAAGUGAGAAGCCUGAGAAGAAGAAGAAGGCGAGAAAGAAUGUCUACAGAGGAAUCCGACAGAGGCCGUGGGGAAAGUGGGCUGCGGAAAUCCGUGAUCCCCAGAAGGGUGUCAGAGUUUGGCUUGGAACGUUCAACACGGCAGAAGAAGCUGCCAGGGCAUAUGACGUUGCUGCCAUAAGAAUCCGCGGGAAGAAGGCCAAGCUCAACUUCCCCACAGAAUCCCCCUCUGGUCCUAAACCAAAACAAAGCUGCUACAAUGUAGGCGUCAAAGAUCCGAGCCCUCAGGAAAGCUCCGGCUCAUCCUAUAUGACGCCUGUGAACAUGGACCUGGGCCAAACUACUACCCCGUUGCUGAACUUUGAGGCCGUUCCGUCUUAUAAACCACUUGAGGCAGCUGACCUCCAGCAAGAGAUUGGUGGGACUGAGUUUAAGGCUCAGAUAUCAGACUUGGAAUCCUUCCUCGAAUUAGAACCCGAGUCUGCUGAGUUUGUUGGGGACGGUGUUGAGUUUGAUUCAUUUGAUCCGUUUAUGAUGGAGGAAUUGUUUGGUGCUACUCCACAGGACCAGGUGUUAUUCUAGAGCAUGUGGGUGGUGAUGAGAAUUGUGUAAAUGCAGGAUAAUAAAGUGCGCUCGUGCAUAUGUUUGUAUCAGUGUAUGUGUAAAAUGGAUGGUUUCGUCUUUUCUAUGAUGUGUUCUAAUUCAGAAUCUAGGACUGCAGAUAUGUAUACCUUUAAUGCUUCGGUUCAUGCAUCUGCUUACUUUUAGUUCGCUUUCUCGUAUUUUAUUAGUAUAAGUAAUUACUACAUAUUUUAUGCAUUACCUUAUAUGGAAUAUGUUAGUACUUGA